UUAAUAUUUGAUAACGCAAUGCGACCGAUAGGCUAUAGUUUGCAGCCUGUUCUUCGGGACUUUGGGUAAUAGAAAAACAUAAUAGUGUCCCAGUGUCCAUGGUAUAGUUGUGUUUGUGUACUAUCGCAGAAAUGUGUCGGUUGUACCAUUAAUGUGGUCAGCGACCGACUGAUUCGACCGGUCCAGCACGUGCGCGUUGCGUCCGUCGUGACGAUCUUAGAACAGAAUACUUUUACAAUGUUACGACUGCCAAAUAAUAAUUAAGAAUACAUAACAAAACUCGACGACGACUUUGGCUGGCUAACUAGAACUACAUCUCUCGUCUACACACAAUCUGGUAAUUUUUUUUAUCUUCUCUAGUCCUUGGGUUACAUUAUCCAAACAGUACAGUAGUUUCAUCUUGUUAGCUUGUAGCCUCAAUUAAAAUGGUAAAUUCAACUAUUAAAGAGUGUAAAUGCUUUUAAUUCCUUAAUAUUUAUUUGAUAUUUUACAGUACCUAGUAAUUUACCAUUUCAAUUUUACUGAAUGAUUUGGUUAUUGUACCCCUAUAAUGUCUAUAUGUUAAAAUUUGUAGAGAAUUUAGUUUAAAAAUCGCUUGUGAGAUUACGCAGUUUCAUAAAGAAUUUUAAGUAAAAUACAUAUUUUGCCAAUGAUGAAUUAAAUUAAUCUGAACAAAAUAUUUUAAAAAGUAAGUAUUUAUGAUUUUAAUUGUUUUAUGUCAUUUCUUACUCAUUUAGUUUAAGUCUGAGGCAAUAGAUAAAAUAAUAAGUACAAUAUAUUUGAUAUUUUUUAAGUUUUAUAUUAUUAUUGACAUGUUAAAUUAUUAUUUUAGCUUAUUACAGCAUUAAUAUAUGGUUACAUAUUUAUAUAUUUUUUAGAUACAAUGGACACCGAAACGAAUGAUGUAGAAUUGAAAAGCGUCGUUUCAGAUUCGAAACGUACUAGAUUUCAAGUUAACUUAGUGGAUAAUGACAAUCCGCCGAGGGUGAGAUUAGACAGUGCUUCUGAUGACAAAUAUAAAAGUUUUCGCCAAUUGACACGUGAAGCAUUACCAAGGUUGGAUAACUACAGGAAUAUCAUGUCAGUGCAUGUUGCAUGUCGACCUACUCUAGAUGAACUACAUAAUUGUGAUUUGGCUGAAAAGGCAGGGUUAUUUUUUGAAUAAAAGUAAAAACAAUUUGUCAUUAUUUUACUAUUAUCGAUUACUAUAGAAUGUGGAAAUUCAAGAAAAUGAACAUAGUCGACCAGCGAAAAAAAAACACGAACAAGGAUGGAUUCAAGGAGUUCUUAUUCGUAAUUUAGUGCAAAUAUGCGGUCUUAUGUUAUUUUUAAGAGUAGCAUGGGUUGUUUGUACUACUGGUUUAGGUAUUACUAAUAUAUAUUUUUUGGUUAACAUCUAUUUCUCUUUGUUAAAUAAAUGUAAUAUUAGUUUCAGGAAUUGUUAUAAUAUUAUUUGGUGGUGCUAUAACAACAAUAACUGCGUUAUCUAUGUCAGCAAUCAGUACAAAUGGCGUUUUGAAAGAAGGCGGAACUUAUUUUAUGAUCUCUCGUUCUCUUGGACCAGAAUUUGGUGCUUGCAUUGGAGUAAUAUACUCUAUAGCAUUGGCUGCAGCUUGUGCAAUGCACGCGGUAGGUUUUUGUGAAAUGGUACAGAUUCUAUUGAACUCGAAUAGUUGGUCUAUAUUGGAUGGUGGUGUACAAGACAUGAGACUUCUUGGAAUGGGUUUAACAGCAACAUUGUUAUGCGCAACAUUAGGUGGCAUUCGGUCACGAAUUCAGGUUAGUUAAGACAAAAUUUACUUUUCAUAUUAUGUAUAGUUAUUAGUUUUAACUAUUAUUAAACAAAUUUAGAUUCAUGCUGCAGUUCUAGUUCUUAUGGUUGCAGCUUUUGUGGAUGUAUUCAUAGGAGCUAUAUAUGGACCGAAAAAUGAUUAUGAAAAAAAACAAGGUUUCGUUGGAUUUAGUUGUAAGUAAAGUAAUUCAAUUUUUCUAAUUAAUAUUGUAUAAUCGGUGUCGUUUUAAUAAAAAAUCAAAUUUAUACCUUUAUUUUAUUAGGGGAUGCAAUCCAUCAAAAUAUGUUUAAAAAUUUUGAAUCUUUUGAUGAUUGGAGCAAAAGCUUUUGGUGUGGUUUUGGUAUAUUUUUCCCUGCAGUGUCUGGAUUCUUAGCUGGAACAAAUAAAUCAGGCGAAUUAAAAGUAAUUUUAGUAUAUGUUAAUUUAAGGAGAUUGGUGACUAUAUAUUUUAUUUGAUUUAGACCUAAAUAUAUGAAUAAAAACUGUAGGUGUUGUAUUUGAAGGAUUCCAAUUUUCAAAACGGUCAUAAUGUUAUAUGAUUAUAGGUCAAAUGUAAUUCCUACAGUUUUGUCUGGUAUUUUGGUCUAAAACUAUUCGUCUGUUAAAACAGCUGUAUAACCCUUCUCUUAAAUGAGCAUUAGGCAAUAGAUUAGUGAAAAAGUUAUAUCAUGGUGGUCAUUAAAGUGUAAAUAAAUUUUAAAUUUUAAAAGAUUAGAAAAAUAAUGUAGAAAACUGUCAUCAAUCCCUUUAACUAUAUACAAGAAAUCUAAAGUACAAAUUGUAUGUAUAGCAGCACAUAUUUUUUAAAUUUACUUUGUUUAAAAGUAAGGAUUAUUAAAUAUUUUGUGUAGUAAAUUAGUUAAUCAUAAGAUAUAAAUUUUACCAAAUAAUUUAUGUAAACAAUAUUGUGAUUUGCCAAUAGAGUAUUAUAGUUCAGUCAUUGUAUAUAAAUAAAUGUCAAUAAUGUAAUAAUGAUAAAACAUUUAUUUGCAUUCUAGGAUUCACUAAGAGCAAUUCCAAGAGGGUCCCUAACAUCUAUAUUUAUUUCUUCUUCUGUUUACAUUAGUUUAGCCAUUUUAGUUGGUUCUACAUUUAUAUAUCAAGAAAUUCCUAAUAAAUCAAUUUCAAUAUUGAGCUGUGAUGCCCCUAAUAAGAAUUAUGUAAGUAUAUUUAAAUGUACUGUUUUUGAAUUUAAAUUAUUUAUUUUGAUUAAAUAAUUUUUAUAGGCUGUCAAUCGAAUUAUUGGUCUUAUGGCAUUCUUUAGUCCGUUAGUAUAUGCUUGCAUUUUAGCUUCAACAUUAGCGGCUUCAUUUUCUUCAUUUUUGGCUGCUCCAAAAGUAUUUCAAAUGUUAUGUAAUGAUAGAUUAUACAAUAAUCUUUCAUGGUUUGGAUUAAGUAAUAAAUCAGGAGAACCAAUAAGAGCUGACAUUUUGACAACAAUAAUUGUCUUGCUGUUUAUUCUGCCCGGUAUUAGAUACUAUAGAACUCAUAUACAUGUUUAGAUGUUAUUGAUAUUAAUGAAUUUGGUUAAUUUAUAGGCGACUUAAAUGCAAUAUUACCGUCAAUAUCAAAUAUAUUCCUUAGUGUCUAUGCAUUAAUUAAUUUCAGUACUUUUCAUGCAUCUUUGGUUAAGCCUAUUGGAUGGCGUCCUACUUUUAAGGUAUAUAAACUAAAAUUAAAUCAUUACAUUAUGUAUGCAAAAUAUUAUAUUCAUGUUUUUAAUGUAUAAAUUGUGAAUUUUAUUUAAACUUAAUUUAAAUUUAACUAUUAAUUGGAAACAUUUUAAUUCUAAUUCCAGUUGUAUAACAUGUGGCUAAGUUUAGGAGGUUCAAUGUUAUGCGUAGUGUUGAUGUUUGUUAUCAGUUGGUGGACAGCUUUAUUGACUUUAGCUGCUAUAUUGGCCCUAUAUUUAAUUGUAUUAUAUCAAAAGCCAGGUAAAUUAUAUAAUGAAUUUAUUUAAGUUUUAAAUGCUGAGUUUCUAAAGAAUUCAUUAUUUUUACAGAUGUAAAUUGGGGUACAAGUACUCAAGCACAAACUUACAAACAAGCCUUAAUGGCUGUGCAUAACCUUAUCAGAGUUGAAGAUCAUGUCAAAAAUUUUAGACCUCAGCUACUUGUACUUACAGGAAUGGCAUCUGCUAGACCAUCAUUGAUUGAUUUUGCACAUCUCAUCACAAAGAAUUUGUCAUUACUAGUUUGUGCAAAUAUUAUCAAAGUAUGUUUUUGUUAAGUAUGUAUUAUAUAUAUAAAAACAAAAAAUGGGGUUAUUGAUUUCAAGAUACUAUAAUUUAUGCAAUUUUAAUAAAUCUUAUGAGGUAGUUAUUAUCAUUAUUCAGAUUUUAUAGAAUUAAAAAGUACUAAAAUUAUUUAAAUUAUUUAAUAUUUUGUAUUAAUCUUACAUUCAAUUAACCAAAAGAUCAUUAAGCCAUGUUACUUUCAGUUAAUCUUAAUAAUAUAAAAUAUCAUUUAAUGAAACAGAUAUGUGGGUAAUUUUCUUAUAAAUUCACAUAAAUGACAACUUCUUUCUACUAUUUUCAUUAAAUUUAAAUGAGAUUUAUGAAAAACACAAAAUAAAACGUACUUAAUAAAUAUUAGCAAAAAUCUAAAAUGCUUUAUACAUGCAAAAUAAUUAUACAUUUGGAAUCCUUGAUGCUUAAUUUUACCCUAAUCUAGCUUUAUAAAUGCCAUGUAUGUUUACUGCUAUUUAAGAUUUGAGCGUAGUGAGGAAUCUAUUGGUUCUACAAUUAUGUUUAUAUUUAUUUUUUUGCGUAACUUCUGUACCAAGAAUCUUGCUUCGAUGUAUUGAGUGUAGUUCUUUUUCUAAAAAGAAAUUUUAUCUACUUGGUACUUUAGGGAGGUCAUUUUUUGAUUUUCCAAGAAGUUUUUAUAAUAAUUGAUAAAAAACUGAAAAAUGUAUUGUAUAUACUGCCCUCCUAAGCAAAAUGCCGCAAGUCCAAAAAAAUUUAAAAAUGAUUUAUGUACAUUAAAAAAUCAUAAAAUUUAGAUGUUUUAGGUCAAUAUAUCGUAUCUUUGAAAUAAUAUUCUAUAAAACAACUAUUGGGCAAUAUUGAUUUUAACAAAAUGUAGUAAAUGGUCGAAAAAUGCAUUUUUGCCAUAUAAUAACCAUGCUAAGCAAAAACGCCAUAUGUAUCAAUGAAGAUACGGCAUUUUUGCUUAGUAGGUAUGUAAUAAAAAUAAUAAUUUGCAGCAUUUGUACUUAGUACAGAUUGUCAUUUUACUUAUCCUAAUAUUGUAACCAAUAAAUCAUCAAAAUAUAGUAAAAGUUAUUAAUAUAAUAUAAUAAUAAAGAAACUUUACAAAUUAUAUAAUAUCAGUUAUUUGUUAGUUAUUUAUACGAUUACCAAUGGAUUCUAUUCAUAAGUCUAUUCAGUACAGUUUUAUAUACCAAUUAUACUAAGGAUUAAAAAAUUAAGUAAGUACUUCAAAAUAUAUUUAUUUUUAUUACAUUGCAUUUAUCAGGUAAAAUACCAUAUGAAAAUCCAUAUCAUACUUGUAUGAUAGUAAGUAUGAAGUACAAUGUAAGAGGUUUUAUAAAUUUUAAAAAUCCAAAAUAUAAAAACCAGCUUUUUUUAAAAACAUUGUCUAAUGACUUACGGUGUAUUUACUUACGAGGACAGUAUACAUGUCUGAAAUAAUCUUUGAUCUGAAUCAUCUUUCAUUAUCAACGGUUUAUUGUUGCGUACAGAUAUAAAUUAAAGUCACCUCAUUAUCCUACCUUCCCAACUAAUGACUUACAACAGUGGCCCACCCAUUAUCCAUCUUUUUUUCCAUCUGUAUUCCAUUAUAAUAAUUUGCAAAUGAUACAGAUGUGAGCCCGGGUUAUUUUAUAAGAAAUAUAAUUUCAACAGAAUUAUUUGCAUGGCUUUUUAGUUUUUUAAAAAUAUUGUUUUAAAUACUGUGAAGAUAGUCUCUAACCAUGCUUGUUUAAUUUGUUGUCAGUAUAUGUCCGAAUGUGAAAAAUUUGAUUUAUAUUAAGUUCCCUGAAAAAUGAUUCUAAGAAAGAUUUAUCAUUCUAAAACUAUGUUCAAUUAUGUAAACUCAUAUUUCAGUUAUAUUUAUUUUUUUGUAGGCUCCAACUUCACAAAAGUUACUUGAAAUUUAUUCUAAGCGUGCGAUAAAUUGGUUGUGUUACCACAAAAUCAAAGGAUUUUAUGUACAAAUAGAUGGCACCAGUUUUGAAGAUGGAGCAAAAAGUUUAAUGCAAACCGUUGGUUUAGGCAAACUUAAGCCAAACAUUAUUAUGCUGGGUUAUAAGAACAAUUGGCACAAAUGUAGUACUCAAGAUUUAAAUAUGUAUUUCAAUGUGCUUCAGUAUGUUCAUAAGAAAUUGUAUUUUUGGAACUUAAAAUUAAUUUUCUUAUUUAUUAAUUUUAUUAAUUAAUUUACUUUUGUUUUUAAUUAUUUUAGCAAAGCAUUAGAUAUUCAUAUGGCUGUGUGUAUAUUACGUGUCAAGUCUGGUUUAAAUUUUUCUAAUUCCAUUCUGAUUGAUGAAACUCAACUAGAUAUGAUGGUAAAUCGUAAAGCUUCGUAUCUUUCGGAAGAACCAUUUCUACAUAGUAGAUCACAGUCUAUGUCUACUGUUGGUAAGUGUUUAAUCUUGAUUAUUUCAUUACAUUAUAUUUUAAUAAUAUUAUUGUACGGGUUAUUUAUGUUACAGCUAUUUUAUCAUGUAAAUAUUCUAAAUGAAAAAAUGUAUAGUAUAAACAUUUUUAGAUUUAUAAACAUCUAAACAUUGAUUUGUACAUCAUUUUUUCAUUUCAUCAAGGGGGGGGGGUCAACAUUUGAAAUAAAAAUAAGAAAAUCUAUUCAAAAUUAUAUAAAUAGUUUGAAUCUUAAUUUAAAUAAAUGUUUGUGUUGAAAUUUUUGAUUUCUAUUAACCCAUUGACAAAAUAUUUCCCUUUUAGUGUAGGUUACUACAGAUACUUUAUUUAAAAAAGUAUCUAGAUACAGAUAUGUUUUAUUUGAAAGUGUCUAAAUAUAGGUACAAUUAUCUUAAGAUACAUUUAAGAAAACAGAUAAUUUGUUUUAUAAAUAAUUCAUCAAAAAUAUAGAAUUACAAAAUUAUAACAGAACAAGUAUUAGGUACAUAAUUUAUGAUACAAUAAUUUGUAUCUACAUUUUUAUGUCAGUUUUCAAAUAUAAUUUUAUUCUUAUAUAGUUAUUUGUUAUAAUACAAUCAUUGUCAGUUAUAAUAAUAUUAAAAUAUUGGUUAGGUUACAAAAUAAUUUAUAAUAAUAAAGAAAUCAAAAAAUAAUACAUAUCAACAAUUUAUUAUUGAUAUUUUUAUUUAAAAUAUUAGAUGUUUGAAUUUUAUUUUUGUAUUUUGUUGAACUAAAAAAGUGAGAAUUGUAUCUAAAAUACAGAUACAGGAUACAAAAAAAGUAUCUAGAUAUAUUACAACAUUGCAUAGUACGCAGCAUUUGAAUACUCUUCCCUUACCUAAACUAAUAAGUGAAUUAUCAAUUCGGUAAAAAAAAAAAAUACAAAUUAUUUUAGAUGCUUAUAAGUAAAAAGACUAUUGUAUUAUACAUUUUUCUCUAUUUUUAAUAUUUACAUGAUAAAAAAUUAUGAACAUACUUCGCAUGUGAUUGCAACCACUAUUGUAGGUGGGAAGGUAGAAUAUAGAUUAGAAUUUAAUGUAUUUCUGUAACUAACAAUAAACCAUUGUUAAUGAAAAAAUGAUUCUGAGUGAAAUUAAGUGGUAGUGUUGCUUUGUCAACAAUAUAUAUGUGAUAUAGUAAAAUGAUUACAACAAUGAUUGUUUAAAAAAGAUAAAAGAUAAAAUAAUAAAAACUUAAUAACAAAAAAUAAUCAAAACCAGUUGUGAUGACAACCUCAUUUUUAAUCUUUUAAUUUUUUUUAACCUAAAAAACCAGAUUUUCUUCAUUUUCUUGAAUAUUAACAAGAAUUUCAAAAAAUGACCUCUUCACCCAGAGAAAAUUUCCUUUCAGAAAAGGUACUAUACUUGAUAAUCAAAGAAAGCUUGUAGGAAAAUUGUUGUUCACAUUAAAAAAAAAAAAAAUAAAAAAAUUAUAAAACCAAUAUGUUUUUUGCUAAACAGAGAAUCUAAUAACUGUAUCAUACAUUUUUAAUCACUAUGUAUAUUGUUAACAUCAACUUGGUAAUCAGAACAAUCUACAUUGGCAAUGAUUAAUAUUAACUUCUUUUUAAGCUGAUAAAAAUGAUGACAACGAAAGUGAUGAAGAAAAUGAAUUGCUAAACAGAGAAACAUCAACUAUAACUUUGAACAAACAAGGCACUGAUGAGAAAAUUGAUCAACCAAAUGCAAAUAAAAAUAAAAAAGUCAACAUUGUCAAGUAAAUUUGUUGAACAACUUUUUCAUAGUUGAUAUUUGUAUUCAAUAAUAAUUGCUGUUAUAUAGAGGAACUGAUGGUUAUGAUUUGCCCAAGGAUACCAUGAAUUUGAUUACUAGAUUCCAACGUAAACAGAAAAAAGGCACAAUUGAUGUGUGGUGGUUAUAUGAUGAUGGAGGUAAAAUAACAUAUUUUUCUAUUGUUUUUGUUUCUACAUUUUAAUGUGUGGAUAAUUAAAUGUGCUUAAUAAAGGUCUUACAUUGCUAUUGCCAUAUAUUUUAAGUACUAGAGGAAAUUGGUCAGCAUGUAAAUUGAGAGUAUUUACAAUAGCUAAUAAAAAGGAUCAAUUAGAAUUUGAACAGAGAAGGUGAAGCAACUUGUUAUAAUUAUAUUAUUGCUGACUAUAUUUUUAAAUUAUGUGUUUUUCUUUUUUCAGUGUUGCUAGUCUUUUAGCUAAAUUUCGUAUUGACUAUUCAGACUUGUUGGUGAUUACAGAUCUAAUGAGAAAACCACAUGAAGAAACAUUAGCUUUUUACGAUGCAUUAAUUAAAAGUUAUAAACCUAAAGGACCCUAUAAUGAAAGUGUGUUUCACUUAAUGAAUUAAAAAGAAUAUUUUAGUUAUGUGUGUUAAUUUUUCUAGAUGAUGUUAUAAAAGAAUCUGAGUUAACAGCAAUGAAAGAAAAAACUAACCGUCAUCUUCGAUUAAGAGAAUUACUUUUGGAAAAUUCUCAAGAAGCUAAUCUAAUUGUAAUGUGAGUAUUAUAAAAUAAUUGAUGUCAUUUACAAAAAAAAAAAAAAAUUAAUAUAUUAUGAAUGAGUACAUUUUCCAAAUCUUUAAUUGAUGUAUGUUGUAAUUGUAUUAUUUUCAGGACUUUACCAAUGCCCAGAAAAAAUGUAGUGCCAGCAUCUUUGUAUAUGUCCUGGCUAGAAACAUUAACACAAGGUAUGCCUCCAUUCCUUUUAGUGCGAGGAAAUCAAAGUUCUGUACUUACCUUUUAUUCCUAAGUAUCAUCCGCUCAAAGUAUUGUUCCUCAAUUAAUUGCUGGUAAAGUGUUAAUUAGUUUUGUACAUUUAACAUGACUUCUUUGCACAAACUGCUUUUU